CUCUGGCUAGACAGCCAGUCGCUCGCCGUUCGCUCACCGACGAACUCUCAGUGUAGGUGGCGACGCGAGUAUGAGGACUCUCCCCGGCGCCAUUCGCGAGACCAACGUUGGACGUUCGUCCACCGUCGUCGUCGUCGUCCUCGUCGUCGCCGUCGACGACGCCUAGACGCGCUGCGACUACGGUCGCCGGUUGCAGAAAUAUUCCCGUGUUAGAAAGGAAAAAAAUUCUUCAAAAACUAUAAUAGACAGAUAAAACUUCUCGCGCGAUUCGAUUCUCCCGGAGACCGCGAUUUUUUGAGACAAGGAAAAGCUCUUUGCCCAUUGGGCUACUUCCUUUUUCAUCAGUGCGUACUUGACUUUUUCUACUUUUUAGUUUUUGGUGUCUUCGCGAUAAGAAGAUAAUGCGAUAAAAUUCUGAAAUAAAUUACCGUCUACUUCACUUAACUGAUCUUAUAAAAACGUCCAACGAAAGCGCCCUCGGAUCGGAUCGCUAUAACUAACAAACGAGAAUUCAAAUGCAAUAUAUAUUAGAUAGUGCUGACACAUUGUGUACAGAGUGAAAUGAUAAUUUGCUGUAUAUAAAUGAGAUACUGGACAUUAUCUCAUGAACUUGACUAUAAUCGCCAGUUUGAUAUCAUAAUCCUUUUCGAUGUGUUUAUGUAUUAUUUUCAUUGUUCAAAAAGUGAUCUUGGUCAUAGUUAAGAGAAUUCAACUUAAAACAAUAAAGGAUUAAUUUUCAACGUGUUGCUUGUACGUUUUGCCAUCUUGCGGUUCAAUGUGUAUGACAAGAUACAGUGCUAAAGUUUAAAAAACUUGAGCGAAAGUCUGAAAGCGACUGAAUAAAAAAGUGUAAGCAAUGAUUAAAGCGACACAGCAAGAACUACAGCUUGCUCAAAUUUCUCACGUAAAUGUUUCGUAAAAUGUGAAUAAGUCGAAGUUCCUCGUGAAUGAUUUUGAAGAAAGCUUAGAAGGAGCAAAGGAAAAUCACUGCCCGUCCAACCCACCAUAUAGCAGCCAUUCAGGUACUUGGGAUUUCGUAAAUCUCCGCACAAUGCAGCCGGCAGGAUCAGGAGAGUAUGCUUUUUCGUGAAGUUGGAAAAUAUUGAAUCAAUUUUUCAAAAGGGAAUGGAGAAGCUUAAAGCCUUCGAUUGCACUUCGCUCUUGUUCAGAAGAAAGACUCUAAAGAUAUAUACGGAUGAAGUUAAAGGGAUUCUACAGGACAGUUGAAAAUGUCAAUACGAGUCCAUGUGAAACAAAAAUAACCAAAAUAUGACAAUGCUUAACAUAUAUCACUACGAUGUGGAAUUAUUGGCAGCCUGCUGUUGACCACGUAUUGUUAGUACGAUUCAUUGGCGUUCAAUGGACCGAUUGAUUUGCGAAACAAAUUUCCAUGCUAAUUGGGGGCUAAUUAAAAUAAUGGUGCUGAAGAAAAUGAAAAAUCUAAACGAACGAGCAAUCGCCAUGCUGCGCCAAUUGUAUUCGGAAUCAAUAAAGUCGAAAGACUGAGAACGGAACACCCCAAGUCUCGAUAGCUCUACAGUUUUUAUAGACCGUAGCCCUCUGCUGCGAUAGGCUGGCGUUUCGAACGAGCUUGCAGGAGCGUAGCAACGCCACUUGCCAAAGGGUGACAAUGGCAGCGAAGGACGGGAAGCCAGCUUGGGCGAGACGGACGAAGAUUUCGUGAUUCGACGCCAAUCAGCUGGUCGUACGAGGAGGGGCGAAGAGGCCAGGAUGGAGGCUCGAGGAAGCGAGCUGUACACGAGGACCCUCGUCGAGAACAACACUCGUCCUUAUGAGUUCCACUACCCCAACGAGACGGAGAAAACGGUGGAGACGAUCGAGCGAAUAAAUCGAUUGAACGGGAGUUCGUUUCGUAAUGAAAGCGCACUCGGCAGCGCUGAACUGAACUGGUUCAACGACUCUGCCUCUGUCUUGGGCGGCUCGUCCUCGACUCCAACCACCUCCGAGAACUACACAGUGAUAUCAGACCUAUUCGUCUUUGAGGAUCUGAAUGAUUACAUCAACAGGCUGAACUACACUGCCUUCACGAAUCUCACGUAUUACGAUGGCACGAGCCUGAACUUUAGUGCGGGAAACAGCAGUUGCUCUUCGAUCGUUUCGGGUGGCGUCAGGGUUGGGGAGUGUAGUGCGGGCGCGAGCGUCGGCGUCGGGGUGGGCGUCGGUGCGGCCGGAGCGGCCGAGAAAUCCAACGUGAACAAUUGGUGGGCGCUAAUACUCGUCGUGGUACCCUGCCUCACGUUAUUCGGCAACGUUCUCGUCAUCCUGGCGGUUGCAAGAGAAAGGGCUUUACAGACGGUUACCAAUUAUUUCAUCGUAAGCUUGGCCCUGGCUGACCUUCUGGUAGCUGUACUGGUUAUGCCGUUCGCCGUUUACGUUCUGGUGAACGGAGCUUGGAGUUUGCCUGGAUUCGUGUGCGACUUCUACAUCGCAAUGGAUGUAACCUGCAGUACAAGUUCCAUCUUUAAUCUGGUUGCGAUAUCAAUAGACAGAUACAUAGCGGUGACCCAGCCGAUAAAGUACGCCAAGCACAAGAACAAUAGAAGAGUGUGGUUGACGAUACUGUUGGUCUGGGUGAUAUCGGCAGCGAUCGGAAGUCCGCUUGUCCUCGGACUGAACAACACCCCCGACCGGAUACCGGACCUCUGUCUAUUUUACAAUGCAGACUUUAUCAUCUACUCGAGUCUAUCAAGUUUUUAUAUACCCUGCAUCAUCAUGGUGUUCCUCUACUAUAAUAUAUUCAAGGCACUCAGAAACAGAGCGAGAAAAGCACGAGCCACGAGAAAACCGAAUCUUGGCGAUAUCAAGCCUGGCAGCAUAAUCGAGAAUAUCGCUCAUACGCGCAGUGUGUAUUGUGUGGCAAGGUUCGCCGAAACAGCCCUGGGGGCGGCUGCCCUCGUUGCUCCUGGCAUUGAGGAACCGACGAACACGGCUUCGGGAAGUAACGAGGACGAGGACGAGACGCCAUUAGAUCCCGUAGUGGUCAUCUCAAAUGAUAAGAGCACAGAGUUCUUUCUGGCAACUGUCGUCGAGGAAGCAGCUUGUCGUUUCAGUGCGGUUGCCCAGGCCCAACUCAGCGGACGCCCAAAUACGAGAAAGGAUUCAGGUUAUGAUGGAGCAGCAAGUAGUACAAUACUUCACGAGGCACUCGAGACAAAUUCGAGUCCUAGUCCAAAUCCGAAGGUAGCUUCAGCACCGUCAUCUUCAACCUCAUCAUCACCACCACCAAAAGGAGCCGGAGGUUCGACUUCGCAUGCGAAGAAAAAUGGGAAUAGCAGCAACAAGCAGGAACUCAAAAGGCUCAAAAGCGCUGGAUCUCUUCUACCACUUCAGCUGGGAAGGACGCCCAGCGUCCUUGCCGGUAGCGCUACCUGCAAGAAGGACAGGAAGAAUGCCAGCGCAGGCUCCAGGUUCACGAUAUAUAAAGCUAAUAAGGCUAGCAAGAAAAAGCGGGAGAAAAGCUCUGCAAAAAAGGAAAGAAAGGCCACGAAGACAUUAGCCAUUGUACUCGGUGUUUUCCUGAUUUGCUGGGUGCCCUUCUUCACGUGCAACGUGAUGGACGCCCUUUGCGCCAAGUUGACCAUGGAUUGCCAACCGGGCGUGACAGCUUUCAUCGUGACCUCAUGGCUGGGUUACAUGAACAGUUUCGUCAAUCCUGUCAUCUACACCGUGUUCAACCCCGAAUUCAGGAAGGCCUUCCGAAAGCUUAUUAGCGUGUAGGGAAGGUUCACUUUGAUACACUGGGGAAU